UGAGGGCCUCUCAUCUUCUCACAGAUAAGCCCUUUCACUCCACUCUUUCUCCUUCCUCCGUUCGUCCCUCCCAACCCAACCCGCCGUUCCUCCGGCGCCCUCCCGCCCCGCACAAUGGAGACCUCCUUCCUCCCCACCACGCUGCCCACCGCAAAGCCCCUCCCCGCGUUUCGAACCCACGCCGCAGCCGCCUCGAUCCGUCCCCAACAGCGCCUUCGCCGCUCCACAAUACGCGCGGCAAUCACCCGGGGCCGCAAGGAGGAGACAGUGGCCACCGUCCGGGAGCAGCUGGAGGGGUGCUACCUCCUGGCGGGUAUCAAGUACGAGGGCCUGACGGUGAAGCAGCUGCAGGGAAUCCGCGACGCGCUCCCCGAGACCUGCAGCCUGCUGGUGGCGAAGAACACGCUGGUGGGGAAAGCCAUCGAGGGCACCCCCUGGGAGGCGCUCAAGCCGUGCAUGAAGGGUAUGAAUGCCUGGCUCUUCGUCCACACCGAGGAGGUACCCACCGCGCUCAAGCCUUACCGCGCCUUCCAGAAGGAGGAGCGCGUCGAGGAGACCAACGACUUCGUCGGGGCCGUCUUUGAGGGCAAGUUUUACGGACCCGGCGACUUCAAGACGCUCGAGACUAUGCCCAGCCGCGCCGAGGUUUACGCCACGCUGCUCGGCGCGCUGCAGGGACCCGCUACGUCCCUCGUCGCCACGCUGCAGGCGCCGGCCAGGGAUGUCGUUGCUGUGCUCUCCGCCUACGUGCGCAAGCUCGAGGAGGAGGCUGGCGCAGCCUAGUGGGUUCCGAAAUGACUGUCAUCUCUCCCUCACUCCAUAUUUGCUGUUUGUACAAUUCUCUGUACCUUUAUUGGCUUGCAAUCACAUUUGAAUUGAAUCACAAUUUUUUCCAUUUUACAAUGCUUGGCCUUACCUGGAACUGGAAGACUAAAGAACACAUUCGUGAUUCUUACCAUUUCUUUCUACCAUGCAUAGUGUAUUAGUAUUCUAGGAUCGGAUGAGGUUGUAGAGAAGGGUGGUGACUACUGAUUAGUAUGUCAAAUGAUUUGAUAAUUAGAUUUGUGUUGUGUUAGAGCAAUUCUACCUAUCAAUGUUCCAGGGAAGGUUUCAUGG